AUGGCUGCACAGGUGGUCAGUUCUGCAGUGGCCCAGGAGGCGGUUAGCCAAGCCUUAUCAAAAAUGAAGGAGAGGUAUGGACACAAGUCAGAUGGAAAGGAGCACAUGGAAAGGAUGGAGAUGGCUCACAUCAAGCUGGAGGCCGCACUUGAGACCUCCAACAAGUGGAACGUCACCAGCGCGCCAUUGCUGCGCUGGCGGAGCAAGCUCAAGCGCGCUGCACAGGAGUGUGACUACACCCUGCGCAGGUGCAAGCAGCGCAUGGAAGAAGAUGAGGAGAGGCAACCUUGGGUAAGGAGAUUCGCCUUUCCCAAGCUAGUCGCUCACACUGCUAGGUCGUUCGUCUUGUCCUUCUUCAGUCGCGGUGACGACGAUGAGCUGACUGGAUCUACCGUCCGCCGUUUCGAGCGGUAUGUAGACGGUGCGAACGAGUUCCUAAGAUAUGUGGAGCUCGGUGGCACACCACACCAACACAUGUUCUUCGACCCUAUGAUAAGGCAACUUCUCUCUGGCAAGGGAACAAAAUAUUGCUCUGUUCACGGGGGUCAGCAUCUCUCAUUCCUUCUACAUCCGUUUAGUCCACCCGAGCAUGGAAUGGAGGGUAUGCUAAUAUUCCUACUUGAAGAUGGCAACGCGCCAGAGAAUAAUUUCUUUCUUUCUCUUAGUUUACGGCUUUCUGAGAGUAUCAACAUAGUUGGGGUUGCAGUCAGAUGCCUGCAGCUAUUUACACCUCACUUGGGCUCAACAGCCGAGACUGUGAAGACAAAGCUCACCCAGCUACCAACACAUGACUUUUGCUGGAUGCAAGACGCGGCUUAUUCUGUUUUUGGCCGUAAGGAAUACUGGGACAAUCUGCACACCAUCCGUCGGAAAUUGUCUCAACCCACCCCGGUUUGUCGUCAGCAACAAGAUCGUCACUACGAGCAGAGGUAUGAUGCUAGUAGGAAAAGCUCAUCAUCAGAAUCAUUACCAUGUGAUGUGUACUUAGAACCAGUUAUCAAAGUGCAUUUGCUGGGCCACGUCGCACUGUUAGCUGGGGACAACAGACAGAGUGCAGUGGCCAAUGGCGAAUCAUGCCCCACGAAAGAAUCUCCGUUCCUUAAACUUGGGGGGCACUUAUGGCCACAUCCCUCUUCUCAAGAUAUGUUGCCUGCAGUUGGUGGUUCAGCGACAGAGGUGAUCAACAGAGAGGUAGCGCCACGGGGCUUGUAUGCAAACAUUUCCUUUGAGCAGCUAGGUGAGAUCAUGCUAACAAAGGCGGAAGAUUUUCUUGGCAGGAAUGUGGCAGCUAGCUCGUAUCAGAUGCUGUGGAAGUCUAAGCAUGGAGGUGCAUACCUUCACCUUCAGGCCGAGAAGACCUCAUGGCCGCCCAUACCUUCAGGUCUGAAACUGAAAGGCAGAGGUCAAAAAAAUCAGAAAAAAAGUCGGUCCAAGAAGGUGAAGCACCCAUGGAUAAGUGAGACCAAUGAGUUCAUGAGCUCUUGGAUUCUGCACGUGCCAGCCCACGUGCAGGCCUCAUUAGUGAACUGGGUUGAAAACGAAAAGCCAUUCUUGCUACCAUUGUCCUUGAGAACUACUUCCUGUGUCGAUGAUUGUCCAAUCAAAUCGUUGUUUUUGCCAGAUUGGCACACAUCUUCAGCAAGGAAAAUCAGGUCUUCCAGCACGUUCAUCGCCUUACAGACUUGA